AUGAUACCACAUUCAAAGGAAAACAAUGGAUAUAAUUAUAUCCUAUGUGUGCUUGAUUGUUUUACAAAGUUCGCCUGGGCUUUACCAUUAAAAACAAAAACUGGUGGUGAGGUGACCAAAGCCAUGUCUACUAUACUUACUGAUGGGUCGCCCAAACUGCUACAAGUAGAUAACGGAAAAGAAUUUUAUAAUUUAAAAUUUGAUACGUUAAUGUCCAAGUUUAAUAUAAAAAAGUAUAGCACCUAUUCUACAAUAAAAGCCUGUUUUGUUGAAAGGUUUAAUCGCACUCUGAAAACAAACAUGUAUAGAGAGUUUACUGCUCGAGGUUCACAUAAAUGGAUAUCUAUUUUACCCAUGCUGAUAGAUAAUUACAACAAUACAAGGCAUAGAACGAUCGGUAUGACACCAUUGCAGGCAGAAGAAAAUCCUUCACUAGUGACUUUGAAACAACGUGCAAUCACUAAUACAAAAGUAAAAUUUCAUGUUGGCGAUAAAGUUCGAAUAGUUACAUGA